AUGGGGGCUCCAAUAUACUUUGUCGCACUUAUAACGAGGGAUAAUCGGCCAUUGCAUAUCCAGAAAUUUUCUCCGUUUGAGAAGCUGAGUCAAGGAGAGUCAGAAAUCCAAGAUGAUGACAAGGCGACUACUUCUGGUGAUACUGUUGACGCUCUGCCAUGUUUUGUCGAUUCGAGGAGUGCCAACGAAUUACUCAAGUAUAAUUUCCUUCUGAAUAUGGCGCUUGAUGUGUUUAGCUCGGCGCUUUAUGAGCCAAGUCUGGUUGAUCAGAAUUGUUCGUUACUUUUCGUCGAGGAUGGGAUCUCGGUAUACGGGUACGAGACCAACACUGGGCUCAAGAUCGUGGUGGGGACCGCCACCCAUGGAGCAGGAGCAAGAGGUGCAGGAGUUAUUUCUGAGGAAAGCGGUGGUAGUGGUAAUGGAGGUGGGUUCAUUGGCGUUGGAGGUGGGGAUGUGGGGAAAUCGUUGGACGGGAUCUUCAAAAACAUUCAUAAAGCCUACCUCCGAUUAAUCUGCAAUCCUUUCCAACCAUUAGAUGAGAACGCGGUGAUUAGUAGCAAGAAAUUGGAUAAAUCGAUCGUGGAGGUGGUGGAAGUCUGGAAUGGCCAACAGUAG